CUUCCUCCCCGAAAGUUCCGUCCAGAGCGCACGCGUACACACGCUGAAACCAAGUGAGCAGCGAGGACGAAGUUCAUGGAUGUGUCGGCGUGUUCCGGCGGCCUGGAUCCCGCGAGACUGGCCAAGGCGCCGCAGCUGCUGCGCUCGGCCUCCCAGGCCAUGGAGGGGCUGGCCGCCGACAUCCACUCCUCCGGCGGGAGCGGCCGGAAAUGCGCGCCUGGGGCCAGUAGGUGCGGGGGGAAGACCGCCGCCCCCAUCCUGGAGGUUCUCGAGGCCUAUUUGCUCGAGAUCUGGGGCAUCUCUGCUGCCGCCGAAUAUAAGGCGCUGGCUCUGCAGGCCAGGGAUGCCUUCUACUUCAACCAAGACCUUCAAGACACGGUCGACUGCCGCAGGUUUCACUCCUCCAACCCAUCUCGGGUUCAAUUCAAACCACUUCCCGCUCUCAGGUGGUGUGGUUGGCACUGCCUCCCUUUUGGAAUAGUUGCGCCCAAACCACCCAAGAAGAUCGUCAAAGACAUCAAGGUUGUGAAUCAAGAAACUCGCAAGAUUGGCGAUCUACUGGACAAGGGGGAAGACGGCUCAUCGCGGCGGCGGCCGCCCCCACCGCGCAUGCCUGACUCAAGCAGGGAAAUUCUUCAGACUAGAGUAUUCAUUGGGCGCGACAAGGACAAGGAUGAUAUCGUGCAAAUGCUCAUCCAGCCAUGUGCCAACUCUGUUAUCUGUGUUGUUGGUGACGCAGGAAUUGGGAAGACAACUAUUGCUCAGAUGGUGUUCAGUGAUGCAACAGUUCGGGAGCAUUUUGAUGUCAAAUGUUGGGUGUCAGUUUCCAGCAGCUCCAACAAGAUGGAGCUCGCAGCCGAGAUCCUAAGGUCGGUCCUACCGGCUUGGGAUGGCUCCGCUGACAAGAUGGUGGAUUUUCAAAUGCUUCAGUCGGAGCUCCGUCGAGCUCUUACUUCCAAGAGGUAUCUGAUUGUUCUUGAUGAUGUGUGGAACAUCACGGAUGAAACCUGGAUGGACAUGCUCGCUCCUCUACAGUCAGCAGAUACCGGGAGCAGAAUUAUGGCUACUUCCCGCAUGGACACCAUGCCUCACAUCUUCAGAGCGUCGCAGCUGUACACCUUGAAUCCGCUGAAGAGCGAGGAUUGCUGGGCCCUGCUGAAGGAACAUGCUUUGCCAAGUGAUCCCUGUAAUGUCUAUCAAGAACUUCACCCGAUCGGGAAGCAGAUUGCUGAAAAAAUCAAUGGAUCACCUCUGGCUGCCAAGCUGGUGGGAGGUUUGCUGGGAGAUACAAGGAGCAAAAUUCACUGGAUGAACAUCAUGGAAAAAGGAUUACAAGAUAAUGCUGUUUUCUCCGCCCUACGCUUGAGCUAUAAAUACCUACCGGUACACCUCAAGCGAUGCUUUGCAUAUUGCAGUUUGUUUCCAGAGGACUAUAAGUUUGAUCCAGCACACUUGUUCCGCCUUUGGAUUGCCGAGGGUUUUGUUCAACCACAAGACAGGGCUGAAAAAAGGAUGGAAGACAUUGCUAGAGAAUAUUUUGAUCAGCUCCUUUCACGCUCAUUCUUCCAGGAAAUCAAGCUUGGAUCCAAGACGUACUACUUGGUGCAUGGCUUACUCCAUGAUCUUGCAAGGUCUGUCGCAGCGGAGGACUGCUUCCGUAUUGACGAUGGCACGAACUGUGACAUCCCGUUAACAGUGCGCCAUCUGUCUGUCACCAUGAACAGUCUACCUGCUCUCACAAGCUUCCGCAGUCUAAAAGAGUUGCGCACCUUGUUAAUCCGACCGUCACUUCCAUCCAACUCCAGUUGCUCCCAAGAGGAUUUUGCUGUGAAUUUAAAAGAUAUCCUGGAGAAGUCAAAACAGUUGCGUGUUCUUGAUCUCAGUUGCUUUAAGUCCAAAGAGUUGCCCCAAUGCAUUGAUGACUUAUUGCACCUCCGUUACCUAUCUAUCCAUGGCUCCAUCCAGAGGCUUCCUGAGUCGAUUGGCAAGCUCCUGCAUCUGCAAGUAUUGUGCUUCACUGGGAAAUGUUCUUUUGAUAAGCUUCCUGAGAACGUUACUAUGUUGGUCAAUUUGCGGCACCUUCUUGUUGAAACAAAGUGUACUGCAGGAUUGGCGGGCAUUGGUCGGCUAGCUAACCUUCAGGGAUCACUUGAGUUCCACAGUGAGAAGAGGGAAGGGCAUAGACUAGAAGAGUUGAGGAACAUCAAUGGUCUCCAUGGGCUACUAAAAAUAAAAGGUCUAGAAAAUGUUUCAAGCUAUGAAGAAGCCUGCAAAGCUGAGUUGAAUAAAAAAACACAUCUUAAUUCUUUGAACUUAGAAUGGAGCUCCGCUAGUAGGAAUAACCCUCCUCCUGCGGACGUAAAGGUACUUGAAGGCCUAAAGCCGCACCAAGACAUUAAGGUACUUAACCUUAGAAGGUAUUGUGGCGCCAGAGCUCCCAGCUGGCUACCAUUAUUGCAGCAGCUGCGUUCCUUGCACCUUACCAAUUGCAGGAGUUUGACCAUGCUUCCUCCACUGGGGCAUUUGGGAUCACUCAGACAUUUACACAUGAAGGAGCUGUGUGCGGUUGACUGUAUUGGACAUGAGUUUUAUGGCACUGGUGAUGUGGCAUUUCCAUCCCUAAACUUCCUUGAAUUUGAUGAUUUCCCAAGGUUGCAUGACUGGUCCGGAAUAGCACACGGAAAGUCAUUUCCAUGCCUUGAAAGAUUAAUCAUAAUGGAUUGUCCAAAAUUGGUCAAAAUUCCUCCCCUCCCCCCAACUACUUGUGAAGUUACCAUUGAGCGUACACAGUUCUUACCAUAUAUGAGGCUUGCCCCUUUUUCUUCGAGUUCAGAGAAGCUCCAACUGGAUGUUUGUACAACUUCUGUCCACUUCAACGGCUUACUUCAUGAAAAGCACAGAGAAGCCAUUGUAGCCUUAAACAUAAGUGGUGCUGAGCAGGUCGUUGCUACUGAGGAAAUAGGGUCGCUUGUUUCUCUACAAAGGUUGCAGCUUAGUCGCUGCAAUUUUACUGACCAAAAUUUUAGUAGGUUUCUCCAGGUUCUACCUUGUCUCCUCUCAUUGGAGAUUGUAGACCUGCCUAACAUGAUAUCUCUUCCAGCAGCGGAAACACUUAAGUUCUGCACCAUGCUCACUGAGUUGUCCAUACGUAACUGCCAGCUUUUGCACUCUCUAUCCUCAUUGCAGUAUUUUGAUUCACUAAAAGUUCUGGUGAUCGAGAGAUGUCCUAAAAUUACUGCAACAUCAUUUCCGUUGAACUUUAGGAGCCUUUCAUCUCUCAAAGUGUUGAGAAUAUCAUACUGCUCAGAGCUCCAAUCUUUACCAGCGUACGGUCUGCCAUCCUCAUUGGAAACACUUCAUAUUAUUGGGUGCCACCCGGAGUUGUCCAAGCAGUCAAGAAAUAGGGCAGGACAUUACGUUGAAACUUGCUUUGGUACCUAGUGUGCUGAUUCAGUGACAGACUUGCUUUGGGACCUAGUGUGCUGAUUCAGUGACAGACUUGCUUUGGUACCUAGUGUGCUGAUUCAGUGACAGACUUGCUUUGGUACCUAGUGUGCUGAUUCAGUGACAGAAUAUUUUGCAGGGAGAGAUGGCACUGCAAACAGCGAGGCCACCCAAACACAACCUUGGAGCAUCUCUAGUAGAAUCUAUAUCCCUUGAAACUGCCAAAAUCUGUCAAAAUCCCACUCCCAUCAGAUUCCCUAUCCCAAACCAUAUCCCUAUAAUUUUUAGGUUCAAACCCAAAAACGCCCCACCUUGACCCAAAAUAUAGGAUAAAAAAUACCCACUGAUCCACGGGAGACCAAAUUCCCACAAGUUCUCGCCUGCUGCCCAAUCGCCCCAGUGACGCCAUGGACGCCGCCCGUCCCCUGCGGGCCAUUCAUCUCCUCGUAGUGCUGAGUCGUUGCCGCCCACACUGCCCAUGGCGGCUCUCGAGUAAGCUGUGUUGGCAUCAAGGAAGUGUGGUGCUGCCUUACGCCGGCGUGCGCACCAGGCCACCGCAGCUCUUAAGCCCCACCUAGGUGCCACCAACAUGCAGCCCACUGGCCUUGUGACGCAUGAUACCGGCAUCCAGUAUCUGGCGCGCACACAUGGCACUGACGCCACCAUCAAGCCAAGGAAGAGGGUGAUAGUGAGGAAGCCGGCGAGAGGCCCCUCGAACCCCCACGCAUCCCUCCCACCCCUCGUAGCCCCUCCUCCGCCUGCUAUUGAUGUCAGCAAGCUCGGAAUGGGCAAUGCCUCUGAGGCAUUCGACCAAAUGCCCACAAGUGUCAAUUUAUUUCAUGAGCAUGAUGAGCGCCUUUGUGUGCAUAGACGACCUCUACUACUCGAUGCCAAAUUCUGAAGUACAAGAUGUCAUGCCGUUGUUUGGCACUCCGUUUGAUAAGAAGGGGCAAAGGUCGGCCAAUUACACGAUGGGUGAGGAUGAGGCAUUGGUGAUGCAUAGGAGAAUGUGACGCUUGAUGCGGCCAUGGGGAAUGAUCAUACCGGGGCCAACUAUUGGAAGGACAUUAAGGAGGAAAAUCAUCGCAAUGUGAAGACGCCCUCCUAUCAGGAUGAACUAUUUUGAAUUAUGUUGUGCAUUUGGAUGUUGUGUAUUGAAAAUUUUGAAACAUAAAAGUUUGAAUUCUUGUGAUGUGAAAUUGUAGUUAAAUGGAGUUGAAUAUGCAUGGAGACAAGAUAAAUGAAGGUAGGGGGUGGAUAAAGGGGUUACAGUUUUUUAAGGGAUGUUGGAGCAGACCCUGGAUUGUGCAUGCCCUGAUGAAAUCUUUCAAACUGGUGGUUCCUUUGCAGCUCA